AGAGACCCAGACAAGGGAAUUGAUUCUGUAGGAAAGACUGGAGGCAACCAUGCUGUUUCAGGACUGAAAUUUCAUAUAUUGAGGGAAUUUUUGCAGCUCGGAUACAGUGUUCUUCUCUCAGAUGUUGAUAUUGUGUAUUUGCAAAAUCCUUUCCAUUAUCUUUAUAGAGAUUCAGAUGUGGAAUCCAUGAGUGAUGGCCACAAUAAUAUGACAGCUUAUGGUUAUAAUGAUGUUUUCGAUGAACCUGCAAUGGGUUGGGCUAGAUAUGCCCAUACAAUGCGGAUAUGGGUUUACAACUCUGGCUUUUUCUACAUUAGACCGACAAUUCCUUCAAUCGAGCUCUUGGAUCGAGUCGCUAAUCGGCUCUCUCGUGGGAAUGCUUGGGACCAGGCAGUUUUCAACGAGGAACUCUUUUUCCCUUCACAUCCUGGGUAUGAUGGACUUUAUGCAUCCAGGAGAACUAUGGAUUUCUAUCUCUUCAUGAACAGCAAGGUCCUCUUCAAAACUGUGAGGAAAAAUGCUAACUUGAGAAAGAUCAAGCCAGUGAUUGUGCAUAUAAAUUACCAUCCUGAUAAGCUUCCGCGUAUGCAAGCGGUGGUGGAAUUCUAUGUCAAUGGCAAGCAAGAUGCACUAAGCUCUUUCCCUGAUGGAUCAGAAUGAUAAAUUUUUGGAUUGGUGUUUCUUUCCUGCUUUUCAGAAGAUAGCCUCUACAUUUUCAUGCUUAACCCUUCAAUCAUGUUGUAGACUUGUAAUGAAUUGUCCAAAACAAAUUGUAAGGCCAAAGCCGCCACAGCUAGGACCCAAUGGGAGCAGCACCAUCAUCCCCAGACAAUCCUUAUCAAAUGUCCAUGUUGGAAAUUUUGCUCCUCUGGCAGAGCAAAUUCUAUGCCAUUGUAUUACAGGUUAUGCAGGUAGCUUAUGAGCCAUUUGCAACCCUUUGUUUCCCAAACAGAUGGUUUUCUUUCAAUCGCUUAUCUAGCACAAUAACAUUUGUUACUUUCCUGUA